AUGAGCCAGCUUGCCGAUACGUUUAUCGAGCUUCACAAGUAUCCGUUCGACGUCCUUGGCUCUCUCGACCGGCCGGGCGAGUCUCAUGUCGGGGCACUUGCUCGAGAAUCGCUCACCGACUUUGCACAGUCCGAUAUGCGGGCCAUCGGGCCAUUCUCUUCUCUUGAGGAAUACCACAAAUCGUCGCUUCAGCUCGUCUUGGAUUUGAUUCUUCGCGGCGAGAUGUAUUCCAAUCUAGCCGUGAAUGCCUACCUGAUCCACCGGUUCCUCAUCGACUUGAUUCCCUCCGUGCUGCCAGAGUCAGAGUCAGAGCCAGAGUCAGAGCCAGAGCCAGAUACCCAAAAGUUCUAUCUGAAGCACGCCGACGACAAGGGGGAUCAUAUCCUGGUGGACGACGAUUUCCACAUUACGGGGAUUAUUGACUGGGAAUGGGCCCAUACCGCGCCGCCAGCUCAUGCGUUCAACUCCCCCAUCGCCUUCCUGCCGGUCGCCGACUUCUACAACGGUUCGAACGAGCUGGGCGACGACGAACUUGCUUUUGCACGCCUGUUCGAGGAAAAGGGCCGCCGGGAUCUGGGCCGGUGUGUUCGGCGCGGCCGGUUGCAGCACAGGUUCGCCUUCUGCUGCGGGUACGACCUCGCGGCGGACUGGAGCGGAUUCCAGGGCCUGUUUCAGGGGCUCCGGGACGCCGUCAAAGUGGACGAGGGCAUGGGAUGGGAGGACUGGAAAGCCGUCGCGAUGCGGCGCUAUGGUGAGGAGGCCGGGCUGCAACUGUUGUUGUCACGAGGAGAUUUAUAA